UGCUGGUACGGUGUUUCGGAACAGAUACCAUUUGCUUUCUUCUAUCUUGAAAUUGAGACCGCACGAUCUGGGAUCCGGUUUGAACAAUAUACUAUACGUCUUUCAGCUGGAUGAGUUUGAGUUUCAUCCUGGGCUUGGAAAGACAUUUUAUUUUCACCUCUUAUUUCACUGUUGAUGGUUUAUGCUUCUUUCAUUUUUCCUUGAGUAGCAUACACUUUUGCUCGGGAUUUGUACUGUACAAUAACAGCUUGCUGAAAGGCUCCGGUGGCUAUUUUUGCCUCUGCACGGGGUUAUGAAUUAAGCGCCCCCUACUACUCAUGAUGAUAAUGAUAACUUCUAAGAAGCACACAUUGUAUAGACAGA